AUUCUUUUAUGAUUGCAUAAAAAUGUAUUUAAUAUAUAAGUUACCUAACUUGUGUUAGGUAUUUAAGCUCAAGUCGAGAAGUUUAAUAAGGUGUAUUUCUGUCGAGAAUUUAUCUUCUGAACAUCUGCAUGCAUCUCAGGGGUUAUUCGCAUGUGUUUGAGUUGAAAUGAGCUGUUAAAUUACUGCAUUUAAUUACAAAGAGUUGUGUAAAGCUGUUUGGUUGGAGAAACAUGGGGGUGUUAAGUUUAUUUAACUUUGUUGUACACACAAUGACAAUAAAGGCUGUUCUAUUCUAUUUUACUAUCAGCAGAAGCCGUCACUGUAGUUUCACUUUUGGAUUGACUAUAAAAACAAUGUCGGGGAAUAAUGAUGACAACAUAUUCAAUAUCUGCAGUCUGAUCAAUGGGACAUUACAUAACGUGGAUUCUCACUAUCUACAGAUCAGCCAGUGACAAUAACUAUGGGUGUCUUCUGGAGCAUUCAAGUGGACCCCCCACCACCCAGACCCCCAAGACUAUCAGUUGGAGUCACAGUAACACAGGCUGUCAUUAUUCUGGUACGAGUCACCUUUGGUGCUGUGUAUUUCAAGGACUGCCCUCAGCAACCUAACAUUCCCAGCUACCUGUUAGGGCUGGCUUUUGCACAGCUGCUGAUGAUCCCAUAUGUGUCCCUCCCGUGUGAGAGCCACACAGCUCAGCAGCCCAAAGGUUUCAAAGCCUGUCUCGGGGGUUUAUUAGCCCUGUUUAUCUUCAUAUGGAUCCUGGCAGGUGACGUGUGGGUCUUCUCAGUUUAUCAGCCCAACUAUGAUCCUGCAGCUGCUGACGGUGUUUACUGUGAUAAGACUCUGUACACAUUCGCUUUCUGGAACGCAGUCUGGGAGACUUUUGCGAUUUUUGUCCUCCUGGCCCGUCUCUGCAAAGGACUGGUGUGCUGUGUGACCAUGAGUCCUGCACCAGUAAACAGAAACCUUUAUGGGAAUGUAUGAAGCAUAGACGGACGGAUGAAAGGUUGAUGUAAAUAUCUCUCUGUGUAAAUACAACCAAAAUUAUUGCAUUCCUCACACUGAAUGGUACGGAAGCACAAUGCAUUCACUGAAUAAAUGAAAAAAAUCGACACAUUAUCUCAUAAUUAUAAGAUCUUAUCUCGUAAUUAUGAGAUAAGAUCUCGCAAUUACAAGGUACAAGAACAAGAAAAUGAUUGAUAUUUGUGCUUUAAAAAAAUGACAAUUAUCAAAUUCGCUACUGAUUAUUCUUCCAUCGAUCAAAGAAUCAGUUAGCUCCUGAUUUUUUGUCCUUCUAAAGUUGGUUAUGGUUCUUUGUCUUAUGUGUUAAUUGUUUUAUUUUUUUAUUUACUUUUUUUUUUUUUAAAGUUUAGGUUUUUUUUUAUAUAUAUAUACAUAGAUAAGACAAGAUAAAUUAAGACUUAAUUAAUCCCACAAAGGGGAAAUUGGCACAAUGCAGCGGGUCAAGUGUCAGAAGAAAAAAUUGAGUCCUAAAUAAGGGCAUUUUAAUUUUUUAUUUUAUUUUCCUUGUUUUCAACAACAUCACCACUGUAAAAUAUCCACAGUGGAAUACCAAAAUACAAAUAUUUGUAUGUUGUCCAUUUUUAUACCCCCGUCCCCCACCCCCACUGGUAAUAAUAAAAAAAAGGUUGUAUAAGACUAAAAUGAAAACUACAAUGGCAGCAUACAUGGGCCGAUACAUUUCAGACAUACAUAAGCAGACAGACGCAUAAGUCAAAAUGUAAGUGCACACACACAAUCAUACACAUAUAGUUAUACAUCAGUCACAGUUGUCCAAGUAAGAAUCAAUUAUGAAACGUCACACAGUUUUUGUGUUUUCAUAUACGUCAGAGAUGGUCGCCACGUGCUGUAAAAUUUACCUGUAGAGCCACCCAGUGUACACCUUAUUUUCUUCACUGUAGAAAAUGACAUGUAUCCCGAUAAAUAGAUAUAUAAAUGACAUAGCAUAACGUAAAACUUCAAUUAAAAGCUCAGUCCCAAUUAAACAUCCAGUCCCUUUACUAGCGCAGUGUCACCACACAUUUUAACAAAUAAAGGCCUGUCUCCAUUAGAGGCCUGGUCCAGUUGACGAACAGUUCUCUCCCUUCAUAUUCCUCUAGUCCGUAAGGGUCCUCAGAUCAAAAGAAUCAAAAAGUUUUUCAUGAAAAUUUAUCCAAGUUGCGAGGAUUGUUUUAACAGGAUAAAGUGGUGUGUCGGUAUGCUGGAUGCCGUAAUCCCUGA